AUUUCAAAUUGGAUUUUAUCACUGAAUAUUGUGUAAACUCCGAUGCACAGAAAAGUCAUAUUAAAAGAGAGAUUUUGUGAUGUUUUUUAUAUAUAUAUAAAAAUCUGUAGGCUUUUCUAUUUCCAACUAAAUCCCCACAAGCUGGUUUGUAACACUAAUUACUGAUGGCUGUCCCCAUGGUGGUUUAUUAAAUAUCUUCUAGGAAAGCAUGUAUAAAAGUUUAUGAAUUUCUAGUUUAGUUUUGUGCUAAAAUAUGAAUCGACAGCGGUCUAUGGUUCAUUACAUUUUUAGUAAACGUUUAUGGAGCACAACGCCGGUUUCCUUCGAAAGAUGAGCGCGCGUGUCAUUUUUGUUAGUUUUAUCUAACCUUAUUACAUUAACGUUACCGGUUUGCACGCGUUAAGGAGGAGAAAGCGGUUAUGUUUCACUUUCAGUCGCUUUUUAAGAAGGAAGAGAUGGAGCAGUUUCUGGGUUAUGGGGCUGGUCUUCACACUGAGGGAAGGAUGGAUGAGUUUUACUCUAGUGUCGUUUCUGCAGCUGUGGACUAACAGUGAUUCAACCACGGUAAACAGUGACUGGUGAAAGGACUGAACAGAGCUUUGCAUUCUGGAACCAUUUAGAUGAUGGAAAAACCAAACACCAGCUUCUCAGUCAACCUGCCUUCAGCCUCAAAAUGCAUCAGUUCCUCUUAAGGUACCUUGUGAAUCAUCACAGGUGUGUCACUACUAACGUUUGCGACCCCUGAAUAAUUUCUGCAGUGUCCAUUUGAUGAUCCACAUUCAGAAGGAGCGUAACUGGAAGAACGUCAUGAGGCCUGCUGGUCUAAGUCCAGCGGUUGCACAGCUGGACCACUGUGGCCUUGUUAACAAUGAUGAAAAGUACCUGUCUUCUUUAAACCAAGCUGUUCACAUGGAAGCUCUGAAGAUGAGUAGCUUGUCUGAGUCGCCUGUGUCGAUAACAACAGAGGAUUUCGAUUUGGUCUGUUCCACAGAAAGAGCCAUUGUGUCUUAUAUCAGCAGCAUAAAGAGUGACACGUCGGUUGUAGAUAACCUAUCGCACGUUAGCAACACAUUGUCCCCUUCCUUAUUCUGCUCUUCCCUGUCCACGUCAUCUUUCAGUGCCUUCUCUCCAUCCUUCUCUUCCCCUUCCUCCAGCCACUCAUCUGGCUCGGUAUCAGAGCUGUGUUUGACUUCUCCAUCUCUUUCAACUCUCUGCGGUCCACCUGAGGCCCAGGACCUUCUCUACAGUUGCACACCGCAGAAACCUCCAGAAGGAUGUUUGUAUCCCAAGUCUCCUAAACAAGAACCUGUUGCUGAAUUCCAUCUUUGUAACAAGAAGCUUCUGCACAAGGAAGAACUCCUUCAGUAUCUCUGCACUGACUCAGAUGCAGCCAAAGAACAAACCCAGCAUCUUAACCUUCACAAUACUCAGGCGGAAGUAUCAGAAAAGCUUCCUACACUGCAGCAGUUGAGGAAUGAUCUGGGAUUGAGCGGGCUUCUUGGAUCUGAGGGAAUGAAUGAACACCUGAGUGAAGAACAGCCGUGCAAAUGGAUGGAUUGUAGGGCUACCUAUGGGCUGAAAGAAGAACUGGUGAGACAUAUAGAGAAGGUGCACAUAGAUCAGCGAAAAGGCGAGGAAUUUACCUGCUUCUGGGCAGGAUGUGUCCGUCGGCACAAGCCCUUCAAUGCUCGAUACAAACUGCUCAUUCAUAUGAGAGUCCAUUCUGGUGAAAAGCCCAACAAAUGCAUGUUUGAAGGCUGCAGUAAGGCAUUUUCCCGUCUGGAGAACCUGAAGAUCCAUCUACGCAGCCACACCGGAGAGAAGCCCUACAUUUGCCAGCAUCCCGGCUGUCUCAAGGCCUUUAGCAACUCCAGUGAUCGAGCCAAGCACCAGCGCACACACCUGGACACGAAACCGUAUGCAUGUCAGCUCCCAGGGUGCACCAAACGUUACACCGACCCCAGCUCAUUGCGCAAACACGUCAAGGUCCACUCCAGUAAAGCCCUGCAGGCACAGGACAAGGUCCAGCUACACAAUAAGGUGGAGCAGGAAGUUGUGGAUGUGUGCCUUGGCUUGCAGCAUCUCCAUGGCUCUGCUGCUUCAGUACAGAGUCCAGACCAUAGGCGUCCUGCCUCCCUCAGUGAGAUUCAUCAGGAGGGUUUUACUGCAUACCCAGAGGAGGAUGAAUCCUGUAGCAGAGCCUUAUCUCUGGAGCAGCCCAGCAGACACUGCAGCAUGGAGCACAGCAGCAUCAGCCUCCACAACCAUCUGCACAACAACAAGCUCAAUCAGCCGAGACUUUCUCCACUGGUUUGUGGAAUCAACCUGGUCAGUGGUACCAAUGAGGUCCAGUCUGUCUCUGACAAACACAGCUCCUUUCCAAACCCACAUCAAAAACUCAACCAGAUGUUUCAUGAAGUACCAAUAAAUCACCACGUUUUUCAGGCCACUUUUAAUCGAGUUGAGCAGAUUUCCAGCAAUGGAAGAGAUGAUCUACAUAAUUUUGACCAAAAUGGAUUUCCUUUUACGUGUAUGAACUCCUCUGGCUACAGCCUGUCCCAGGACAUACAGUCAGUUAGUGGGAAUUGCCCCCCUCCCUGUCCUGUUCCAGUUGGGAUCUAUGAGCGCUGCCUCAGUCAGAUCUGCUCUCUGUAGAUUGAGACACACCUUUGGCCCACUGCACCUGAGAGCAGCAGCGCAGGAAUGACAUGAAAGCAUGGGCCUUUGAGGAAGUGCAGCUCUGAAUGAAGGCUCUUUAAAGAGAACUGUGUGAAGCAACGUCCUCUGAAAGAUUCCUGGAGCAGCACGUCAGAGAAAGAUCAGAGAAACUCCUCAGAUCGGGCACUGAUGAUGAUGAUGUUGCAGCCUUAUGUUUUGAUGUUAAAUAGACACUGUAAUUUUCUCUUUGUUUUGUUGUUGAUGAGAGAUGCUGUUUACAUUGAGUUGGUAACAUGAAAUUUCUUUGUUUUGUUGUAUUUUUAAGCAUUUUAUUCUAUCUCAUAUGUGACCCUGAACCACAAAACCAGUCAUGAGGGUCAAUUUUUUUUAUUAUUAAAAUGAUAAAUAAGCAUGUGCAUAAUAAUAAUAAUAAUAAGCUUUCCGUUGAUGUAUAAUUUGUUAGAAUAGAACAAUAUUUGGUCGAGAUACAACUUUUGGAAAAUCUGCAAAAAAAUCAAAAUAUUGACAAAAUUGCCUUUUAAAGUUGUCCAAAUGAAGUUCUUAGCAAUGCAUAUUACUAAACAAACAAACAAACAAAAGUUUUUGAUAUAUUUACGGUAAGAAAUACAAAAUAUCUUCAUGGAACAUGAUCUUUACUUAAUCUCCGAAUGAUUUUUGGCAUAAAAGAAAAAUCGAUAAUUUUGACCCAUACAAUGUAUUGUUGGCUAUUGCUGCAGAAAUACCCUGUGCUACUUAAGACUGGUUUUGUGGUCCAGGGUCACAUAUAUGUGAUGUCAGUAUCACAUCAUAUGAUGUA